UCGACAACUUUGCUUAAUCACUUCGACAAGAAAAACAAAAAAAUCUUCCAACACUCGCUGACUGCAACUGAAAUACUAUUAUCUAUACCAUAACCCCACAACCCAAAACGCGCCAUCCACACAGAUUUUCACCGCCUAAUCCCCACGUUUCUGUCUCUGUCUCUGUCUCUGUCCAGCCUCAAGAAACAGUAAACGAUUCCAAAUAUCAGCCUGCCCCAGUAUCCACCAAUCAGCGGCGGAGCUUCCAAAACUCGGAAUAUAUACAUCUACAGAUACAUAUAUUUGAGGCCCAGAAGCUUUACUUCACGUUUCACGGUGACGGGCUUGAGACAAGAUGACGUUUUGUGUGAAGAUUAAACCCUCUUCGUUUCUGAUUCUGACAACGUUAACUCUCGUGGUUUUGUGGUUCUUUUCAUCACCAGGAGCGGCGGAUGCUGCUGAAAACGGUGUCGUUUCGUGGGGAAGCCAGAGGUCUGUUCUGGAAGGAAGCAAAGGCGGGAAUUCAACGUCUUUAGUGCUGGCUAAGGAUAGAACGCGUAGGAAAGAUCCUCUUGAGGAUCUCAAGUAUUAUACAGGGGGAUGGAACAUCAGCAAUGAACAUUACAUAGCUUCUGUACUUUACACCGGUUCUACUCUUUUCCUCGUUGGUGCAUUCUGGUUUGUCGGAUUUGGAAUUUUCUUGCUGCUGGUCUGUAUGUAUGUUUGCUGCUGCCGUCGUCGACGUUAUGGCUAUUCUCGAUCUGCCUAUGCACUAUCUCUUAUUUUGCUCACAUUAUUAACUAUUGCCGCAAUAAUUGGCUCUGCCAUUCUUUAUGCUGGACAAGAAAAGUUUCAUGAUAGUACUACAAGUACAUUAGACUAUGUUGUGGGACAAGCAGAUUCCACCGUCAGCAAUCUAAAAAAUGUGUCGAAUUAUCUUACUGCUGCUAAGAAAGUUGGAGUAGAUCAAGUUUUUCUUCCUCAAGAUGUGCAGAACAGCAUUGACAAGGUCAACAGCAUGAUUGUCUCUGCUUCCGACACUCUUGAAAGUGCAACGAAGGAUAAUAAAGAUGAUAUAUUCCGCUAUUUGGAUGCUGUGAGGCUAAUUCUCAUUAUAGUAGCGGCCGUGAUGCUUGCCCUGGCUUUCCUCGGCUUCCUGUUAUCUAUUUCUGGCCUGCAGUUUCUCGUGUACAUAUUGGUUGUCAUUGGUUGGCUUCUCGUUGCAAUCACUUUCAUCUUGUGUGGUGUAUUCCUCGUACUCCACAAUGUCGUGGGAGAUACGUGUGUGGCAAUGAACGAGUGGGUUAAUAACCCGACUGCUCAUACAGCAUUAGACGACAUUAUCCCCUGUGUUGAUCCUGCUACUGCUCAAGAAGCACUCUCCCAGAGUGAAGAAGUCACCUUCCAAAUGGUUUGGCUUGUAAACGGGAUCAUCGCCAACAUAUCAAAUGCUAACCUACCUCCAAAUGCUGGACCUUUAUACUACAAUCAAUCCGGUCCAUUGGUGCCUCUCCUCUGCAAUCCGUAUAAUCCCGACAAGACGGAUCGAACAUGCGCAACUGGUGAAGUUGACCUAACCAAUGCAACGCAGGUUUGGAGGAACUACAAGUGCCAAGUCUCCAGCAACAACAUCUGCACCACCGUGGGCCGUCUAACACCGAGCAUGUAUGAUCAAAUGAGCGGAGCCGUCAAUGUGAGCUACGGCUUGUACCACUACGGCCCGUUCCUCACCAACCUAGUCGACUGCACAUUCGUUCGAGAAACCUUCACUACAAUACACCAGGAUCACUGCCCAGACCUAAGACAUUACAGCCAGUGGGUUUACAUUGGUCUCGAGAUGGUGUCAGUUGCAGUUAUGCUUUCUCUGAUCCUCUGGGUGCUGUACGCACGAGAAAGGCGCCAUCGGAAGUACACCAAGCUCGUCGACGCUACCUCAGCCCAAACCUCUUUCGAAAGUAAAUGAUGGAGCGUAGAGUCCCUUGCUAUGUCAGGAAGUGAAUUCGCUUCUUCUUUUGCACAGGUUUUGGCUUUCUGCGUUUGUUUAUGUAGAUAAUCGAGUAACGUUGUAGAUUUAUACCCGUAUGUUCGAGCCUCAGGUUGAACUGCUAACUCUGAAAAUGACUUAUGUUUUGGUGAGUCGUCUAGCAAUGCUGUUUCCGAGCAUAGUUUUUAAGUACUGGGCUUUCUUUCUCGUGUAUUAUAGAUAUCCCCAUCAUAGUCAGGUGUUGUCUAUUUGAUGCUC